UAGGCAUCCAAUGUGCAUUAGUGCAGGUUGUGUACAGUGCUGUAGCUUAUGAGCGAUGAGGAGGACACUAGAGAGGACGACCGGAUCUUGCGAUCGGCAAGGCGCCCGAUUGCCCACUUGGCAUUAGGACCAGAGGGUGACAGGUACCUGUUCCGCCAGCGUAGAGAGAGGUUGCAGCAGAAGAGGAGGGCUAGAGCAGCAGAGGCUAGCCGUGCACUUGUGAGUGAAGCCUCAGCUUCAGAAGCUAUGGCUACUUCUGCGCAGCAAACUACUCAGGCCGGCAGUUCAGGAUCUGUCGGGUCAACGGUCGCGCAGACCCGGUGUCAGUCCACUGGCGUAAUGGCAAGCCAGCCCAUAGUGUUGACUUCAGAUGAGAUCGCCAUACAACAAGCAGCAUUGCAGGAGGCACAACUACAAAAGGCAUUAGGAGAGAUAAAAGCGGAGAAGGAAAGAAUGAUUAGAAGAAGAGCCAGGAUGCAGUGGAGACAAGCGGACGUUAGUGAGUUAGAGGAGAUGGACUUGACGCACGUGACUGAUGACGUGAGGAUCGUACGGUCCGUCCUACUAAAUGUAGUUGAAAUGCAGGACCAUCAGACAACCAUCCUUCAGGAUAUUCAGCAAAGUCUGGCCCUGUUGGUUAGGCGAGCGCAGGCAACGUCGCCAAUGUCCGGGCCUGGUGCCUGGCCCGUUGUACAACCUCCUCCUUUUGUCCCACCGCUGACUGGGUUAUCCCCAUAUGCAGCCCCAUCAUCGGUCGCGAUCGUUUCCCUGGGCAUGCCGCUAUCAGGAGGGGUAUCAGCAGGAUCUAGUUUGCAGGUUCAUGUACAGACAGUGUUCACCCAAUCUCCGUUGCAGGUUGCAGUUACCACGCAGCCUGCUGUCUUGCAGUUUGUACAGCCGCAGGGUACACAGCCCCAACAGCUAGCACAUCAACCUGUGUCGCAGGGUCCACAGCCCAGAGUGAUGCAGGGACCGGGACAAACACAGUGGGUUCCAAAGACGGCCAUCGCCGCUCCCAAACCUUUCACAGGGGAUAAGAGGGGGGAAGACCUCGACACGUGGUUGAGGGCAGUGCUGGUCUAUGUCAAGUGUAUGUACUUAGUUUAUGUCUCUGCUGCAGGCGAGCCGGUGAAAAUGCCGACGGAGAUAGAGGGAGUAGUUGCCAAGUACCCUGAUCUAUUUGAAGAGCCGACAGGGGUUGUAGAGAGGGAGGUCAUCCACGCGAUAGAGAUUAUCCCAGAGUCUAGUAUCCCGAAGGGUAGGAUCUAUCGGAUGUCUCCAGGCGAGCUCGAUGAGCUUCGCCGACAACUCAAGGAACUCGUAGAGAAGGGUUGGAUCCGGCCGAGUGUCUCUCCUUAUGGGUCUCCAGUAUUAUUUGUUCCUAAGAAAAAGGAGGGAACUCUGAGGAUGUGCAUUGACUGUAGGGGCCUCAAUGCCAUCACUGUUAAGAAUAGAGAGCCCCUACCGCGCAUCGAUGAUUUGCUAGAUAGAGUGCAAGGGUGUCGGUACUUCAGUAAGAUAGAUCUGAAGUCUGGGUACCAUCAGAUUGCAAUCUGGCCUGAGGAUCAACACAAAACCGCAUUUCAGACCAGGUACUGUUUGUACGAGUUUGUAGUGAUGCCUUUCGGCCUUUGCAAUGCUCCUGGCACCUUUCAGCGCGCUAUGAAUCGGAUAUUCCAGGACUACUUGGAUAAGUUUGUCAUCGUGUACCUCGAUGACAUACUUAUUUUUAGUAAGACUGUCGAGGAGCACGUUGCACACUUGGACAAAGUCCUUAGUCUCCAGCGACAGCACAAGUUCAAGAUCAACGGUGAGAAGUGCGAGUUUGGCCGCACCCGUGUCUUGUACUUGGGUCAUGAUAUUUCCGCGGAAGGGUUGAAGCCCGAUGACGCGAAGGUGGCCAGCAUUUGUGACUGGCCGCGUCCUCAGUCUGUGACUGAGAUGAGAUCUUUCUUAGGGAUGACCGGCUACUAUCGCGACUUCGUGGAGAACUAUAGCAUAGUUGCCACCCCUUUGACUGAUCUGACCCGCCUUGACACCCCAUGGGAGUGGACUGAGAGAUGCGAGGCUGCUUUCAGACAUCUGAAUCAUGCGUUGACGCAUUACGAAGUCUUGAAACUUCCUGAUCCUGACAAGCCAUUUAUAGUGACUACAGAUGCUAGCCAAUAUGGCAUAGGCGCCAAGUUGGCUAAGUCCACCCAUGAGAAGGAACUCUAUGCAGUUUACAAGGCUCUGACCCAUUGGAGGCAUUACCUCCUUGGGAGGUUCUUCAUCCUCAGGACUGAUCAUCAGACCCUGAGAUGGAUGAGAACUCAACCGGUACUCUCUGACGCUCUCAAGCGUUGGAUCGAAGUCAUUGAGGAGUAUGACUUCGAGACCCAAUACAUCAAGGGCGAGUACAACAAGGUUGCUGAUGCCUUGUCCCGUAGACCUGAUUUCUCAGGUGCGCUGAUUACUGAGUUCAAUCUUGCGGACAAUGUUACUCAGUCUUUGGUGGAAGCCUAUCGCGAGGAUCCGCUCAUGUCUGAGAUCAUCCGCAGACUCGAGGCGAAGGACAAAGUGACUUCUCCUGAGUUUGAGUUGGUCAACGGCUUGCUGUUCCUUGAGAAGGCUGGUAAUAAACGUUUGUGUGUCCCAAAUAGCGAGUCUUUGCGUAGUUUGUUUUUAGGCGAGUGCCAUGAUGCCACUGACCAUUUUGGGUACAAGAAGACCACAGCCAAUCUGCUGCAGCAGUUCUGGUGGCCCACAUUGAUGAGAGAUGGUAAGUUGUACGUGGAGACUUGUCAGGUCUGUCAGAGGGACAAGCUACGUACUCAGGCUCCUUUUGGGCUGCUGAAGCCCCUUCCGAUUCCAGAAAGGCGUGGUGAGAGCCUGUCCAUGGACUUCAUGGAUACGCUGAUCACCAGCAAGAGUGGAAUGCGCUACAUCUACGUCAUUGUGGAUAGGUUUAGUAAGUUUGCUAGAUUAGUUGUGAUGCCGGCAACAGCUAAAACGGAGUAUGUGAUUAAGAUGUUCAAAGAGAAUUGGGUUAGAGACUUUGGAUUACCUAAGUCCAUAGUUAUUGACAGGGAUGUCAGAUUCACAAGUGAGUUGUGGAAAGCAGCAGCUGCAGAGCAAGGUACGCAACUGCAGAUGACAUCAGGCAAUCGUCCUGAGGCAGGCAAUCAUCUUGAGGCAAACGGGCAGGCUGAACAAAUGAACCGCGGUGUACAACACCUGCUAAGGCAUUACAUCAAGCCAAAUCAAGUAGAUUGGGAUGAGAAACUUGCUCUCAUCACAAGUUUGUGCAAUAACGCUGUGCACAGUGCAACCGGAGUCAGUCCUAACAGCCUGCUACUGACCUUCAGACCCCGACUGCCUUCAGACUUUCUACUACCUGACAAUCAGCCAACCGCUGCACCUGGGACUUCAGAGUUUGCUUAUCGAUAUGAGUACCUAAUGCAGCAGGCUGUUGAACAGAUGCACAAGGCACAGACGGCGAUGAUAGAGUCUGAGAACAAACACCGCCGCCCCUCUACGUUUCAGAUAGGAGAGAGAGUCUGGGUCAAGUCCUCCGAACUGGGACAGGAGCACGGGAUCUCCCUCAAGCUCAUGCCACAAUACUUUGGACCGUGGGAAGUAUUGGAUGUCGUGGGGAAUGAACCGGAUGGCCCGUCUUAUGUUAUUCGCAUCCCUGGUCACUUACGCACUUACCCUGUCUUUCACGCCUCCAAGCUUGCACCUUUCAAGGAAACAGAUCAGUUUCCAUCUCGUCGUUCAAUGCUGCCCCCAACCAUGGAUGGAGAGGUCGACAUCGACGAUAUUGUUGAUCACCGAGAGCUGCCAGUUCCAAGAACAACAGGCAGGGGACGUCCUCCGAAACCGAAGCUGCAGUACCGCGUUCGGUUCCGACAUCAUACUGAUCCKAAGGAGGACCGCUGGUUUACCAGGGAGGAACUCAUGCAGACCGCUCCACAAGUUGUAGCCCACUACGAGAAAUCUCUGCAGAAAGGAAAGCGCCCGAUGCAGGAGGACAUCCACAGCCUCGACGACUCGCUAGCUCAAGUCCACGGCCGCCUCCGGCAGCUGGAGCAGCGACCUGUCGCCGCCCCGGAUGCAAGCUCUUCCAACACAUUCAAUCGCCUCGAAGCAUUGGAGAUGGACGUCGGCUCCCUCAAGGACGGCAUACAGUUACAGAAGACCGCAACACAACAGUUGGAACAACGGAUCUGCACUGCCGCCAACCACUCGAGUUCGGAACCACGCGAGACAGCUCCGAAGUUCGACGGGCAGGAGAUCUUCAACGACUCGACGAAGACAAAUCCAAUUUCAUGGUUCCGCAAGUUCGAGCUCACGCUGCAGCUACACUACGUAAAAGAACACAAGCACCACGUGUACUUAUACUCCUGGUCGGGGGGCGUGUGUCAGGCAUGGUUGGACAAUCUCUUGUCCAAGUACGGAGUGGUAGCUGCCGACUUGCACACCAAGAUCAGCUGGGAUGAUCUGAAGGCGGCGUGGCACAAGCGGUUCCAGGUAGAGCCGUCGGAGAUCAAAGCAAUGGACAAGCUAAUGGUCUUCGAACAAGGCACGCUGCCGAGUACCGACUGGAUUGUUGAGUGCCAACACUUGACAUCAGUCCCAGACAUCCAGAUGGGCUUCAAAGCCAUCCGCCACUAUUUCAUCUCAAGGUAUUGUCCGACAUUAAGCAAUGCCCUGACUCACGUUGAGGACACCUUGACGACGACGGCGAAACUCUGUGACAAGGCUGCGCAGAUCAUUAUCACGAACAAGGAGGCCAAUAACCUCCGUUCGUCUGCGCCAGGCCCGAGUUAGAGACCAGCAUCGGCCAAGAGUGGCCGUGGUCGCGGCGGCAACGCCGUUUGACCAAUCUAGCGAGGGCCGUGUUUGCCAAUGAAGGGGACAGACUCGC